GAAGUCUGUGUAUUCCUGUGAAGAGAAGAGUAGCUGUAGGCUCUGGGCUCUAGCUCGUCUCUCUCUCUCAACUGUAAAACAACCACCACCUUUUGCCCUUCUCUAACUAACUCCAAAAUUUCCAUUUCCCCCAUAAAAUUAGGGUUUUUCUAUUUUCUGUUGACGUUUUUCUCUAAUUCUGAUUCCUUACUUCCUCCGAUGCUAUUUGUAACUAUAGCUUCGACUAGGGUUUCUCGUAACGAUACCCAAUGUUGAACUCUUUCUCUCAUUUUCUCUCUCACCGUCCCAUUCUCUUACCUUCCGUUUCUAAACUUAGGGUUUCCAAUCGACCCGCCCCGUUUUCUUUCUCUCGUACUUGUCGGAUCUUUGAUUCCAAUUUCAAGUGCCCCAGAAAUAAAUGGAAAAUUUCGUGUUUUAGGCACGAGGAAAUAUCAGCAGAAAGUUCAAAGCCUGAAAUUGUAGAACAUUUGUUGCCAGAGGAAUUGGUUAAACCUGAAUUUGAGAAGUCAAAAUCCGGUAAAAGAGAUUGGGCAUCAACUCUUCGAGAGGCUGCAGAUGCACUGUUAAGGGCCAUUGGGAGCCGGUGGACUGUACCAUGGACAGCAGAAACUAUAUUACAAGUAAUGCUUUUAUGGGUUGCGGCAUUUUGGUUUAUAGGGUCUUGGGUGAUUCCUUUUGCAGCCCAUAUAGCAGGUUUCAACAAGGAUUCUUUAACGUUUAGAGGACAGGCCUUAUUCAGCCUUGUGACUGAUGUAACUGAAGGACUUGCUGGCAUUGCUAUCCUCCAUCGCUGCCUGUCUCAGUUUCAUCCCCUACCAUCUGAUUGGUUUAGAUUUAGUUUGAGGGGAACCUGGCAAUUUGAUGUUGCACUGGGAUGUCUCAUGUUUCCUCUGGUCAAUCGGCUCUCACAAUUCAACCUGAAUUUGUUGCCCCUCAUGCCCUCUGCACCUGUCACCAUCUCAAGUGUUGAGCAGUCAAUAAUGGCACGGGAUCCGGUUGCAAUGGCUUUAUAUGCAAUAGUAGUGUCGGUAUGUGCUCCUGUCUGGGAGGAGAUUGUCUUUCGGGGUUUUCUUCUCCCUUCAUUGACCAAAUACAUGCCUGUAUGGUGUGCAAUACUGGUGAGUUCAGUUGCCUUUGCUCUAGCACAUUUCAAUGUACAGAGAAUGCUACCGCUUAUAUUUCUUGGUGUGGUGAUGGGUCUUGUAUUUGCACGAUCAAGGAAUCUGUUGCCGUCUAUGCUCUUGCAUAGCCUCUGGAAUGGCUUUGUGUUCUUAGAUUUAAUGAGAUAGCCUUUAGUUUUGUACUUCACAUGUAGUUCAGUGCUGGGUCAAACCAACGUCGAUGAUGCGUGUAUUCAGGCCAAUGAGUGGGCUAUGCGCCUUCCAAGAGCAGUAACCUUACGCGCCUUACAAGAACAACUGCUUGCUUUGUAUCGUAAUUGUUGAUUGGUUAACGUCCCCAACCUGUGUAUAGGUCAACUGAAUUAAUGUGAGAAGAUCAGUUGAUACUGACUGAUAGUACUGUAAUGUUAAAAGAAUUGGCCUGUUUCUAUUGUCGAUGUCAAUCAUUAUAUGAGCAGUAAAGCAAAAAAUUACAU